GGAGAAUAAUAUCAUAUCAUAGAAAGGGUGGGAUUCAACGCUUUUGUACCAUAUAGUAAGCAUUUGUAGGAGCGAGCAAGGGAUCUUCAAUGGCUUCUCGUAGUGAAAAACCCUUAAUUUCUCGUCGGCUUCUUAGGAACUUCUUACAAAGGAAUGGCUUUUCUGGAGGUAAAACAGAAACUCUUACGCAAGGUCGAAUCUUUAGGAUUCUCGAGGGCCCGAGCAGCCCGAGCACUUCAUGUUACUGGAAAUGCCAGCUUUGAAGAUGCGAUCGAUUGGAUCGUUCAUCACGAGAACGAUCCGGAUAUUGAUCAAGUGCCCCUGGUAGCAAUAGAGAUCGAUAUCGAAUCUCCCGAACCAUUUCAUAUCACAGAGGAAACGAAAAAGAAAGCUAAUGAAUUAAGGGAUCAAAUACUGAAAGAAAAGGAAAAGGAAGAAAAAGAGUUAGAAAAACGAAGGGAAAAGGAUCGAAUUCGUUCGGGGAAAGAACUGCAAGAAGCGAAACGAAUGGCAGAAGGAACUGAAUGGAAACGCUAUAAAGAUUCUAGACAAGCUGAGAUAAAGGAGGAGAAAAAAGCAAAAGAAAAGGUUUUACAAGCACUAGAACAGAACAAGAUAGAAAGAAAAAGGGAUCUUGGAAUGCCCUCUGAAGUAACUAGAAGCAUUGCUGCUAAAGCCAUCACAAUUGGAGCACAGGAAAAGUAUGAACAUAAAUCACAAAAUUCAGGCUCAAUGAGAGAAUGUUUAAGGUCUCUUAGGCACAAUCAAAAGGAUGAUCCUGAAAAAGUGAGAAAUGCCUUCCAAACCCUCUUCACCUAUGUUAGAAAUGUAGCAAGAAAUCCUGAUGAGGAAAGGGUUCGGAAGAUUCCGCUCGGUAAUCCUUUGUUCCAGGAAAGAGUUGGGAGUUUGAAAGAAGGGAUCGAGUUUCUCGAGCUUUGUGGCUUUCAGAGAGACGGAGACUUUCUCUACCUUCCUCGUGACAAGGUCGACCGGGACGUUUUAGUCACGGCUGGAUUGUUAUUGGAAUCUGCAAUGACAAAUCCCUUUUUUGGCAUUCUAUGAUCAACUUUGGUUUAUUGAAUUUGUCCAAAACCAGAAAGAGAAGGCACAUAGCCUUCUUGCUUUGGGAUUUGGACUUGUACUUAAGAACUCUGUGCUUUGUAGAAUUACUUUCUCAAAUGAUUGUGUGAUAUCAGUGGUGAUUUGAAUGCAUAAAAUGAAGCCUUUUGGCUGAAUCU